UUUUCACAAUUCAUACACUCGCCUCCCGUGAAUGUCCAUAAAGUAUUUAAAACAUGUGUACAGGGAGUCCAAACUGUGAAUUGCAAUCAAUUUUGGUUGAACUGAAAUUUUCAUUUAUGGACCUAGAAUGUUUAGGCUGAAUUUAGGUUGGAGCCACAACCAACCCUCCAGCUAUGCUAAUUACAGGGGCUGAGCCAUUAGCUAUAAAGCUCGUUUAAAUGGCGAGUUUAGGGUUUUACUUAUUUUUUAUUUCAACGUCACCCAAAUGCUAACUCCUAUUUAUGUUGAAAGAAGUAGCUUAUUAACCAUUUCAUCAACUCUCGAUUCUUCCACAAUCGGUCGCCGAGAGUCGGUGUUCACUGAUUAACUUAAAAAAUGGUGGGACCUCUUAGGCCUCAGUUUGUCCUCUUUGGCUCCUCCAUAGUCCAGCUCAGUUUCAGCAAUGGAGGUUGGGGAGCCAUUCUCGCCGACGUUUACGCUCGCAAAGCCGACAUAAUUCUGCGAGGAUAUUACGGAUGGAACUCACGUCGUGCUGUUGAGGUUCUUGAUCAAGUUUUUCCCAAGGAUAGUGCUACACAGCCUUCUUUGGUGAUUGUUUAUUUUGGCGGCAAUGAUUCAAUGGGGCCUCAUUCAUCUGGCCUAGGUCCUCAUGUUCCAUUUUCUGAAUAUGUUGAAAACAUGAAGAAGAUUGCAAGUCAUCUCAAGAGCCUUCCAGGUACUCCCCGUAUUAUUUUUCUAAGUUGUCCUCCUGUUGACGAGGACAGAGUUCAUCAAGGCACAAGUGGUUUUUUUAGUGAGCUAGUAAGAACAAAUGAAUUAUGCAAGAAUUACUCAGAAGCUUGUAUAAAGAUGUGCCAUGAGUUAGACGUGAAGGUGGUUGAUCUUUUCACAGCAAUUCAGCAGAAAGAGAAUUGGAUGGCUGAUUGCUUUAUAGAUGGAGUUCAUUUGUCUGAGGAGGGGAGUAAGAUUGUGGUGGCAGAGAUACUGAAAGUGCUCAAAGAAGCUGAGUGGAAGCCAUCUCUGCACUGGAAGUCCAUGCCCACUGAAUUUGCAGAGGAUUCAGCAUAUGAUCUUGUGGCGGCUGAUGGAAAGACCACACUAAAUCCUUCUGAAUGGACAUUCCACAGAGAGAUUCAAUGGGACUAGGCUGCAGUUUCAGAAUCUUCGUAAUAGUAUUUUGUCCUACACCAGAGCUGUGAGCCAAAAAUCUCACAACCAAAAAGGUAAAGAUUUUAUUGAUAAACACAAUAAAUCAGAAAUUGAGAGAUGAAUCCAUUUAAAAUAUUUUUAGUUUAGCAGCUUGUUAUUGUAAAGUGUUCAUGGAUUUGAUCAUUUCUGUGGUGCCACAUAUUAUAGAUGUUACAGUUACAUUUAAACAGCAAUUUGGAUGAACAAAAGCUGAGAAUAGAACCAUUCAUCCUAUAAUAUUUUUAUAUGUUUUAGGAUUUUA